CAUAGAAGGUUCCAAUUGCGUCAGCGCUUUGUUAUCGGUGGCGAACAGAGCCCCGUUAAGUGGCUUUUUCCUCUUCCCACUCUCAUCACUAUUCCUCGUCCAUUUCCAAACACGCCUUGUGCACGCACGCGUCGUUGGUGUUUUCGUAUCUUGAGGUUCCAAAGUCAACCGAGACACAAAAGACACCAUUGGCCAAAGGACGGAUAUAGAACUACGGCCAUAGAGAAAGAGCGCCUUCUACGUCAUAUUGCAUCAUCAGCAUUCUCGUUGGUUCUUUGGAACUGCUCUCUUUCACCCGGGUUUGGAAGCUGCCUGGGUCUACUAGCUCUUCUCCUCCGACCGCAUGGAUUGAACACGCGGUGAUCACGAAGAGCUCUUCUCUCGCUUCAUGCCAACACUACAUACGGUCUUUUCGGUAAAGUGAGGACGCGUGAUAGACUUGUGGGAAACGUCUGAAAGCACUCUCUUUCCCUCUCCCCCAAAGACUAGGGCCACUCUUCCACGAGCUCCCACUUCCCUCUUCCCACCGUCCUUGCUCGUUUAAAGGCCAUGCAUGCGUUUGCCCUUCUUUUCUGAGAGGAGAAAUGCAGACGCAAGGACAGGCGGCAAGAAUUGAAGACGAGAGCUCCCCAUGUCUUUCGAAAAUCAGUUACCAGAGAAUCGCGGCAGAGAAAGCAAGCUAAACACUCCGUUACUUGAGCCAAAUCGAACUUGAGAGGAUUUGCCGGUCUCUGGUGUCGUCACCUCCAUCUCCUUCAACAUAUCCAGAACCAUGGGAGCUCAAACCAACGCCAUUUGCCUCUCCUUGGUCAAAUUGUGAGCCAACGUUGAGCCAUUGUCUAUUCAACUGAAGGUACUUGAAGACAAUAAUAGACAAAGAGAAUUCGCCCUCAAACAAGAUGGUGAACUCCAAUGUAACUGUGAUCCAGGCCGUGAAACGCCAUCUGGGCCUUGCCCCCAACCCCGUCAACAACAAUAACAUCCUAUCUAGUCAAGAACCCGUCAUAGACCGACUUGAGGAAAUUAUGGAGAUGCCUCCUCCCCCUCAAUCGAUGGAUAGUUCCAUGGAGACCACUCCGGCAAUGAGCACCGUGGCCUCCUCAGCGGAUCUCCUCACGAUGAAGAGCAAGAAGCAUCGUCCGAUCAACCCGAGGAAAAUCCACAGACAGAUUAGCGAAUGCAUCCAAGACCAGAACCUUCAAGUCGAAAGGCCAAAUCUCCGAUCGAGGAUGUCCGGUUUGAUCAAGGUUCCGGCCUUACUCUUGCUCCUCUACAUCUUUAUUUGUUCCCUGGAUUUCCUGUCCUCUGCAUUUCGUCUCAUCGCCGGAAAAGCAGCUGGUUCUGUAUUUCAAGACAACGAGCUUCUCAACAACCCGGUAGUAGGACUCAUGAUUGGCGUCCUCUUUACAGUCCUCGUCCAGAGCUCGUCCACUUGCACGUCAGUCAUUGUGUCCAUGGUUUCAAGCGGAAUUCUCGAUGUCCGGACUGCCAUCCCUAUGGUGAUGGGUGCCAAUAUCGGAACAAGUUUGACCAGCACUCUGGUAUCUUUAACUCAGGCCUCAGAUCCCCAACAAUUCGAGCGGGCCUUUUCCGGCGCUACAGUUCACGAUUGCUUCAACUGGCUCAGUGUGAUCACUCUAUUGACACUGGAAAUAUGCACUGGCUACCUCUUCCAUUUGACCCAAUGGAUUACCACAGGGGAAAGCAAUGGCACCCAAUCAGCCGAUUGGAUAAACAGAGCUACCACUUCAAAGGAAACCACCUCCAAAACGUCAGUUAAUGUCUUGGGCGCCAUUACCAAGCCACUCACUCAAAUGAUCAUGCAGAUUGACAAGCCUGUCUUGAAAUGCUGGGGGAUAGGCGGUUGCCAAGAUGAGAGGCUCCUCAAAGUUUGGUGUACCAAACCUUCCAAUGACUCUGAUAGCCUUGAUGGUCACGACGGCGGUCAGAAAUGUCAGUUCUUGAUGAACUUUGACGGAUUGAGCGAUGGGACUCUAGGUGUGGUUCUCUUGAUCAUUUCUCUGGUUCUCCUCACCACGUGUCUCAUCCUCAUUGUCAAGAUUCUUCACUCGGUGCUUCACGGAACCGUCGCCGAUCUCAUCCGGAAGUUCAUUAACGCCGACAUUCCGUAUGUUCCUUGGCUCACUGGAUACAUUGCCAUCUUCAUUGGAGCCAUCCUCACUUUCGUUGUGCAAUCGAGUUCUGUCUUCACCUCCACAUUGACUCCACUGGUGGGGGUGGGGAUGAUCACCGUCGACCGGGUCUAUCCUCUCACCCUUGGGUCGAACAUUGGCACCACCACAACAGCUUUAUUGGCGUCUUUGGCUGCGGAUCCCGACAAAUUCCAAAGCUCUGUUCAAAUUGCCCUGUGCCACCUGUUCUUCAACUUGAGUGGAAUCCUGCUCUUCUAUCCCCUUCCUUUCAUGCGAUGGCCUUUGACCUUGUGUAAAAUAUUGGGCCGAACUACGGCCACUUAUCGCUGGUUUGCCGUCUUGUAUUUGCUGAUGAUGUUCUUCCUGAUGCCGGGAUUCAUUCUCUCGGUAUCUUUGGCGGGGCAAACUACGUUCCUGAUUGUCAUGGUGCCUCUGAUGACGCUUUUCUUCUUGGCCAUCAUCAUCAACAUCCUCCAGGUGAAAUGUCCCACCAUCUUGCCACCCAUUUUCAUGGACUGGAAUUUCUUACCCAUCUGGAUGCAUUCAUUGGAACCUUAUGACGGAGUCAUGCGCAAUCUCCUCUGUUGCUCCAAGUACAGUCCCAUCCCUGUCCCUGAUAAGGAUCAAACACUCCACACCAUCACCGUGGCUUAGAUCCUCUCAACGCUCAAGCAAGAUGAUGACACUGACUACGACAAGGAGGAUUUUUCGAUGAAGAGUUGAUGCAUCCCUUACUCUAUACAUACUAGAACGAGGUCACAAUGUGAGCUUUAUAAUUAUGUUAGACUAAUGUAAGCUGCGCUUUAGAUUGAUCAUUUUGGACUUUUCCUUCCCGAAAGUUGGGCGGACAAUCAUCCAAGCAGAUAUAUUUUUUUGUGCUCUUCACCUGGCUCAAAACGGUGCUCAAACCCAGGUGGCACAGUAUUCUCAUACUACCAGUAACUAUCAACACCUAUGUCUAUCGGAAGACCUCAAUGCCGCACGCGUAGAUGAUAAAUCAGUCGGCGAAUAGAUUUUGACCCCAAAAUGACAAAUAUGAAAUAUAUAAACCUCCCAAAAAGGUA